UUUGACUCGAGUUCGGUCACACUGCCCUAGAGCGAAUUACAUAAAUUUUGGCAGACAUGUCGUUGCUACGCGCAAGAUAUUACGACCACCCCGAUGGUGAGGAUGCAUUUGGCAAGAUCGUGGCCACCAACAAAUAUGCGCUAUCCGCCGGUCUGGCCUGGUCCAUGUUCGACGUGCUGACGCUUACCAAGCCAAAGGGCUAUGGUCCCACUCUUGGACGCUUUGCCUACAACACGGGCCCACUGAUGGGAAUGGCCACGGCUUUCACGCUUACCACCCUGACGGCCACAAACGUCCGAGGCAAGGACGACAAAUUGAACUACUUCCUGGGCGGAUUCGCGGCUGGCGGCGUCUUCGGCGCAUGGAAACACAACCACGUUGCUGGUCUCUGUGCCGGUCUCUUCUUGGGCAUUGCUGGUGUUAUCAAGAAGAUGUCCAUUGAGCAGGGCUGGGAGUUCUUCCCCAACACACCCCUGAGGCAGUACGGUGGCCUGAACAUUGCCUCCAACGAUUGGACAAUCAUGCCCGACCCCCCAAAGAACUGGACCACUGAGAAGCCCAAGGAGAAGUAAAGUCUAGUUUCCUAUGUUUAGUUUAAUGGCGAUUCGAUGAUGGAAGGAUUAUGCGGUCUCUGUUUUCCCCGCUGUCACCUGAAUAAAGCUUAGCGCGAAGUGAUAAAGCCAGGCUAAUUUUGCUGGAGUCCAAAA